CCUGGGGCCCGCGCAGAAGCCGUGGAUCGAUGGGGCUCGAGCCGGCGAUGGCGAGCAUCAGUGAGCGGCAGUCGGUUUGGACGCCGAUGGCAGCUGCGCUGCUCAGCGCACCUCCGCACCCCAUGCUCCUGGGCAAGUUGGGCAAGGCGGCGCGCUCCGGGAUGGCGGCGAUCUCGCUCGCCUUCGUCGUCUAUUCGACGAGGUGGGCGUCCCCCUUGCUGAAGGGCCCGAAGAAGCUGAAGGCGGCCCCCUGGCUGGGCUACACGGGGCGCGUGCUCUUCGGCGCGUCGCUGCUGGCGACCGUGGCCAUGCUGUACAGCGCUGUGAUUAUCCUGAUGUCGACGAGCACAGACCGUGAUCGCAGCGGCAGCGGUGGUGGUGGCCGCGUCGUGAGCCAGAGCAGCUUUAGCAUGUGGUUCGGGCAGGACAUGUUCGCGUGGCUCAUGCCCCGGCCGUACGGCUACAGAUAUUACGGCUUCGGCAUGUAUGGGUACAGCUACCCGAGGGGACCGCCGCCGAAGAUGAGUUUCUUCGAGUCCGUGUUCUCCUUCGUUUUUGGCGACGGCGACCCCAACGCGUCCCUCGGGGAGGAGCGGUGGCGGCUCCUCGCGGAACGCAUAGCAGCGAACGGCGGCGCCGUGGUCGCCGAGCAGCUUGCGCCCUUCCUGGACCCGUCCGGCGACCUGUUGCUCGCGAGUGACCCGGCGGCGCGGCGGCGCGCCCUGGACCGCGCGGUGCUGCCGGUGCUGCUGCGCUUUCGCGGCGAGCCGAGGGUCAGCGACGCAGGCGACAUCGUGUACGUGUUCCCCGAGCUCCAGGAGAGCCGGGCGGCCACGGCGCUGCUGCUCCAGGACACCUCCGACGCCGAGCUGCGCCGGCGGCUGCAGGAGAGCGGCUGGGCGCCGGGCGCCGAAGGGCGCGCGGCGCUGCUGGGCGCCGCCGUGCGGGCGAUGGCCGCCGAGCGGCGCGAGGCGCCCGCAUUCCUGACGGAGCGCCCGCUGCGGUUCAGCCAGGCGGAGGGCAGCCAGCUGACGGCGUGCCUCGGCUACGGCGCCUUCUCGCUGCUGGCCACCCUCUACCUGGGCGCGAGCAUCGCCAGCGGCAAGGCGCAGAUCCUGGCGAGAUACUACCCCGUGAUGGCGCUCGUCGUUCGCGGCUUCCCGCUGCUCUUCGCGUACUCGUGCACGUUCCUGGGCGUCCCGCUGUGGCGAUGGCUGAGGCUGCGGCGUGCCAACCUCGAGAUCGCCGCCCGGAACGAGUGGCGGGCAGAGCAGGCGAAACAGCUCCAGGCGGCCGCUGGCGACGUGGCCAGGCGGAGCGGCCAUGGCAUCUCCGCCAGGAUCAGGGAGGCGGCCAGGUGGGCGCAGAAGCGCGCCACCUUCGGCAGGGCAGUGUUCGACUCCUCGCGGUCCGCAUCGGAGCAGGCGCCAGCGCGAGACCUGGAGGACUUUGACCGGAGGCUGCGGGGUCCGUGACGGAGCGCGGCGGCGCGGGUGCCCCGAGACUCGUGCGCCCCUUGCCGAGCGGGCAAAGGGA